UGCACACAUUUCCUGCCAGUAUUACCCCAGCCCAACUAACUGUUGGAAUCAUCAGAGUACCUGUUGGUGGGGGACCCUCAGUAGGUCCAGGAUGCCAGGAUGCCCAUCACUCAGGACAACUCCCUCAGCAUCCUUCCACUGCUGGAGGACUGGCAUGGGGCUCAGAACACAAGACCUCAGCAGGACCACAACCUGAAUCAGGACAGUUCUGACUAUAAGCAUGUGGAUCAAGACUCCUACCAGAAUGGGGAAGGGAGUAGUGUGUGCAGUAGCAACAGUGUCAACAGUGUUAAUGUGGAGGACAUGUCGCUGUGUCUGGCUGCCAUCCAGAAGUUGGUGGAGUACAUUAAGCUCAAUUUUAUUGAGGGUGACCCAGCUCCAUCAGCCAACCCAUCCUCCGGCAGGGAGGGUUUAGAUGUCGAGGUUCAUGCUGUUUCCCUCAGUAAAAAUGCGGGAGACAGCACAGAGUUUGGCCUCAGCUUUGGGAACAUCCCUAUUUUUGGGGACCCUGACGGGAGAAAGAAGGGAGGCCCGAGGAGGAGGAGAGACCAGGGCCCCAUCAUGGACGUGGGCUGCAUCUGGGUGACAGAGGUGAGGAAGAGGAGUCCAGCAGCCCGCUGUAGGGGGAUCAAACUGAGAGACGAACUGCUUUCACUGAACGGGCAGCUGAUGGUGGGAGUAGAUGUCAGUGGAGCCAG